AUGAUUCGAAGAAGCCAGCGAGAGAGAAAGAUCCAGAUAAUCCUCUCAAAGGAAAUCCAGGUGCUGCGUUUGAACUGCAGUGCGCUGAAUUAUCCCGUCGUGGAGAUGACGCUGAACUGGUCCUUCGCCGAACCGAACCGCGUCCUCAAGCGCUACCAUCCCGACAUGCUACUCUCGGUCUGCUUCCAGAAUCUCCACUUUAAACCAGCCGAGAGGACGGAGAACGAGCCAACAGUGAAUCGCAACAAUGAAGUCUGCAAGUACAUUAAAGCAGUGCUGGAGAAUGGUAUCCGCGUCAACGGACGGGAAUUCAACUUCUUCGUUUACUCUGAAAGCCAGCUGAAGAAGAGGACAUGCCUGAUGUUUGCAGCUAGUAACGAGGAGUGUUGGGCAGAAUGGAACAGGUUAGGGGAUUUCUCCAAGUUGACGAGCGCAGCGAAAGUAGCCAAACGCCUCGGACAGCUCCUCAGCAGUGCGCAACCGGUUUUUCGGCUGCCUUGGAAGGGGAAGGGACACGAGGACGGAUAUCCCGUGGAAGACGACAUUGUGGAGAACGGCCAAAACUUCACUGACGGAUGCGGGUGGAUCUCGCCAAGGCUCAUGCAAAAAGUGGCACACGCUUCGAAUCUCCGCUUCGACGAGCGUUUGUUGGUGCCGAGCGUCAUCCAGAUCCGUUACCGCGGCUUCAAAGGCGUCCUGGCCGUGAACCCGUCGAUUACAUCCGACGUGGUCUUCCGGAAGUCGCAGGAGAAGUUCCCAUGCGAGGACGACUCCUUCUGCGUCGUCCAGCCGUCCGGGACUUCUCGACCGUACAUCUACGGCAAACUUAACCAGCAGAUUGUCGCGCUGCUCUCGGCUUUGGGCAUACCCGACGAAGCGUUGCUGGAAGUCCAAGAAGAGCACUAUCAACGUCUGGAGAACAUGUACAAGGACCCCGUGGUGGCUUUCAAGGUGCUGAGCGGUGAAGGCAAGCAGAGGGAGGUGAGUGAGCUCGCCGAGAAAGGAUUCCAGUCGAAAAAGGUCACUGAUGCGCUGAACGCGGUGCGCAGUCACAUCAUGCACAAAAGCGUAAAGGAGAAAAACAACGGGGACAAGACGAAACUGAGCGUCGUGGUGGAAGAGUCGCGUUUCGUGUUCGCCGUGAACGAUCCCAACGAAACGGAAGACGGUCAGUUGCGGGAGGGGGAUGUGUACUUCGCCCCGACGAUCGACGGCGUGGCCACGCCCCUCGUGGGGAACCUGGUGCUGGUGCGGAACCCCUGUCUGUUCCCGGGGGACAUCCUGCUGCGGCAGGCGGUGGAGAACCCUGGCUGCCGGCAUUUGGUGGACUGCGUUGUCUUCCCGGUUCAGGGACGGCGCUCCACCGCCUCCUGCUCGGGCGGCGGCGAUCUCGAUGGGGACAAGUUUACCGUCAUCUGGGAUAAGCGGUUAAUCCCACAAAAAAUGCAGGAACCCUACGGGUAUCCACCGGCCCAGCAGAAGCAGGCGAAAAAGAUCGAUAGGGAUGCCAUGAUCAAAUGUCGAAGGAGCGUUGUGUAA